CUUACAAGCUCCAGGAUGAGGACAAUAUGCUUUCUUUUUCUUCUGGCUCAGUGGGCCAAGAGUUCACCUGGUGAACUAAGCAGCCAGGAGAAGAAAAAUGAAGAGGCAAGUGAGAAUCUUCUUAUUCGGAGCAAGAGGAGAUGGGUCCUGUCGACUUUUGAAAUUGAAGAGGAACUUCCUGGACCUUAUCCCAGACUAUUCACAGAGUUGCACAAUGAUCAGUACAAAACUGGAGCCACCAAAUUCCGUAUCAAUGGCCAGGGUGUGACAGAGAAUCCAAAGGGUGUGUUUUCAAUUAAUGAACAGAAUGGGGAACUCUACAUACAAAAGCCCUUAGACCGGGAAGCGUACUCCAUUUUAAAAGUGCAGUUUGAUGUGUUGGAUCAGAAUGAUAAAUUGGUUGACAAAUCAUUAUAUUUCGAUGUGAUCGUAAAGGACAAGAAUGAUAAUCCACCAACAUUUAGCCCUAGAGUUUAUGAGGUUAAUCUUCCAGAGAACCUAAAAGAAGGUAUGCUUCCACUUUCACUGACAGCAAAUGACAAAGAUGAGCAAGGCACAGAUAACUCUCGUAUCUCAAUGAGGAUUGUGUCCCAGUAUCCAGCCUCACCAAAAUUUUUCCUGGAAUCCGUUGUUAACAUGCAGAACAGCUUGGUCUCAAAGCUUGGCUUUACUGGAUGCUUUGAUUAUGAUAAAGUAAAGGCUUAUAAAAUCCUUGUUGAAGCUCGGGAUUAUGGGAAGCCAUCACUUUCAUCCACCGCGACUGUAAAUGUCUUCAUCACUGACUCCAACACACAUGCACCUGUGUUCACUCUUCCAAAGUUCAAUACUCAGGUUAAUGAGUCAGAAAACAAUAAGGAGAUUUUAAGGAUUCCUGUGAAAGACCAGGACACUCCCAGAACUCCAGCAUCCAGAGCAGUGUUCACUAUCCUGAAGGGUAAUGAGGAGGGCAACUACAAGAUAGAGACGGAUCCAGUUACCAAUGAAGGAGUGCUGACUGUCAUCAAGGGAAAGGAUUAUGAGAAAACUACUCUAGCUGAGCUGGAAAUAGGACUGGAGAAUGAAGAGCCAUUAUUUUUAUGCAUUGAUGGAAAGCCAGUUAAUCCUGUACCAGAGGCUUUGAAAAAUUACAGCACGGCUAAAAUUGCUGUUAAAGUAAUUGAUGUGAAUGACCCACCCGUGUUUCAGAAUAAAAUUCAGAAGGUUUACAGAUUUGAGGAGGAGGAGCCGGGAGAUGUGUUGUAUACACCCACAGUCACAGAUGAGGAUUCAGAUCCAGCAAACAUUAGGUAUGAGCUCGUACAUGAUCCAGCUAAGUGGAUGUCUAUAGACCCAAAGACAGGCAAGAUUACCCUGGUAAAGAAGAUGGACCGUGAGUCUCCCUAUGUCCACAACAGUACCUACACUGUCAUUAUGCGAGCGAUAGAUGAUGGGGAACCUCCUGCCACAGGUUCAGGCACUGUUGUGGUCUAUGUUGGGGAUAAGAAUGAUAACACACCUCAUCUAACUGCUAAUACUUUAGUAAUGUGUGGAAACAAAGCUGACAGACUCAGAGUCACAGCAGAGGAUGCAGAUGCUUUUCCAUAUAACGGACCCUUCAUCUUUACUUUUGGCGAGGAUGAUCCAAAGCUGCAGAGCCUGUGGAAGUUAGAACAAAACCCAGGGUCCGAGACCAUAUUGAUUAGUCUGAAUCGUCUGCCAUAUGGGAAUUAUUCAGUUCCACUGAAGAUUGCUGACCAACAGGGAGUACUAGGACAUGAUGUCUUAAAAGUGGUCAUAUGUGACUGUGGGAAUGGAGAUGUGUGUCUGGGCCCGCGACCUCGAUCGACCAGGCUCCAUGGAGCAGCUAUAGGGAUUCUACUGGGAACACUGCUGUUGCUGGCCUUGAUUGUCUGCUUAAGUUUUCACUGCAAGAAAAAGGAAUUCAAGCAAUUCGCGUGUACUGAUGGCAGCCCAAAAUUGAUGUCGUACAAUGAAGAAGGAGGCAUUUCAGACUGCAAGUCUGCUCCACAACUCUACCAAAGCCAAAAUGGAAUUUAUCAAGACGUGAAUCCUGACAUGACACGGAUUAAGGAAUGGAUUUAUCCCAGCAGUGCUGAUCAUUUUGCAAACCUUAGGAGAGGAAGUGGUCAGAGCCCAAAUGGCAUUUAUCAAGGCUUGAUGCCCGAAAUGAUAAAGUUUGAGCCACGGAUUUAUCCCAACAGCGCUGAUCAUUUGGCAAACCUGAAGAGAGAAAGUGUUAGGGGCUGGACUAAAAACAGGAAUAGUACAUAUAACAGCACAAGGGGUGGAUUCACCAGAUCCUUUAGGCCUGUGUCAGACUGGAACAUGCAAGAACACAUUGGAAGGUCUAUGCAGGUCCGUCCAUUCCAGGCACGAUUCUGAACCUGCCUGCUGUGCUUCAGCUCCCGCUCCAUCAGCCUUUGUGUUGCGUGUUCUGCACUAAGGUCAUGUCUUCUUUGGGUGACAGUAUUUCCCCGUGAUAAAAACUGGUGCAUUCAACUCUGAUUUGUCCCUCGGCUCACGGGACAGUGGUUGUAUGAUUUGCUGCCAAUAUUUCUAGUUUUAAACUAUAUUUGCCACAGUUAUGAGCUCAGCCUUUUUUUUGUCAGCUGCCUAGAUUUUGUAAAUAAUCAUACUGUCAUAUUGUAAACAUCAACAUGUUGUGCUUUCUGUUACGGGAGUGUCUUCUCAUUUUCUUUGAGGACGUUUGGAAAGAUAUUUGUCUUUUGUGUGUUUUAUAAAAAAAAAAUGUAGUUGUCUAAACUAAGUUUUAUAUCUUUAAAUAGUAGUUUAAAUAGACACUGUUUUUUUGUGGUGUACCACAAUUCAGAAUAACACUCACUUUUGUUAAAAAAAAACCCCAAACAUUUCAUUCAUGCAUUAUAACAAUUCAAUAUUGAUUCCAUAUAAUGCAUUCAACAUAUUAAAUCAGGUCAAGAGUUUCAGUUAAUAUUUAAAUAUUGGAAUGAGGGAAAAGUGUGAGUUUGUGACUUUAACAGUGGCAUGGACAAUGAGUCACAGUAACAUUGCCAGAUUGGUUAAACCUGUCAGAAAUAUAUAGUAAUCGUAUUGUAUAUAAUCACUAUGUACAAACUUCAUAAGCACAGACGUACCCAAGAUGGGCUGCUGAAAAAUAAAAGUAAAAAUUAAUCCAGUUUUAAACUAACCAGUUUUGGUCAGAUGUUUUUUUCUUCUUCUUUUAUUAUAUUGCUUUCAUUUUUGCCACUAAAACAUUUCUGAAAGUCUCCACAAUUACAUAUUAAUGGUGUUUAUACCGUACCAACAAUCAUGCCAAAGUCAAAAUUAUGAUAUCACUUGUUUAAUUUAUUCUGAUAUGAACACUAACACAAGCUCUGCAUGAGAUGAUAACUGCAUGACUGUAACUUUGUCUUUGCCAACCAGUUAGAUGAGAGACAUACAGUACUGUAAGUAGAUCUCUGGCCCAAUAAUAGGUAGGUUUCUUAUUUUUCUGCCAGUUAGUUGUUUUUAAAUUUUAAACCACUUUGAAUGACAUUAUGCAUGAUUCAAUGGGAUUCUGAUGGAGACUGAGUCCUGAAGAAGUAUUGGUGUGAAUAAGCGUGUUCUCUG